AUGUCUUCGACAAUGAAGGCUGUUGAAGUGAAAGGCGGCGCUGGAGGCAUUGACAAGCUCUUCAUCAAUGCUGAGACGCCCAAGCCGGAAGCCAAGGAGGGUGAUGCUAUAGUAAAGAUCAAGGCCUUCGGCCUCAACCGUAUGGACCUGAUACAGCGUGAGGGACACUACCCUCUGCCACCACAGGCGCCGUCAACUCUGGGCGUCGAGUUCUCCGGCACCAUCCAGUCCUUUGGCUCUGGUGAACACGGCGACUUCAAGGAGGGCGACGAGGUCUUUGGCCUCGCCUACGGCGGAGCCUAUGCCGAGUACAUCGCCGUCUCGUCCAAGAUGCUGCUGAAGAAGCCCUCGUUCCUGUCCUGGGAGCAGGCCGCCGGGAUCCCCGAGACCUGGAUCACGGCGACGCAGGCGCUGUACCUGGUGGGCGAGUUCGCGAAGGGCAAGUCGGUGCUGUGGCACGCGGGCGCCUCGGGCGUCUCCAUCGCGGGCAUCCAGCUCAGCAAGGACAGCGGCGCCUCGGCCGUCUACGCCACCGCCGGCACCGACGAGAAGUGCGCCUUCAUCGAGAGGGAGCUCGGCGCCACCAGGGCCUUCAACUACAAGACGACGGAGAACUGGGACGAGGAGAUCCUCAAGGCCACGGGCGGCAAGGGCGUCGAUAUCAUCAUCGACUUCAUCGGCGCGUCCUACUUCGUGCGCAACCUCAACGUGGCCGCGCGCGACGCGCACUGGGUGAUGCUGGGCCUGAUGGGCGGCACGAAGCUGGAGAACGUGGACGUGGGCAAGUUGCUGUUCAAGAGGGUGCGCAUCGAGGGCAGCACUCUGCGGUCCAGAGACGCCGACUACCAGGGAAAGCUCAGGGACAAGCUCGCCGAGUACAUACCGGAUUUCGAGAAGAACAAGCUGAAGGUGUUCGUCGACACAGUGCUGCCGUGGGAGAAGAUCCAGGAUGCGCAUCGCUUGUUGGAGGAGAACAAGACGACGGGAAAGAUCAUUUGCACUAUUGGGGAGUCGUAG